AUGGAUUCACAUGAUAAGUGGGUUUGGGUUGUGAAAUCGGGGUUGAGAGCAAGCAAUGGAAGUAGGUUUGGUGUGAUUAUUCGUGAAGGAGUUGAAGGAAGUGAGUGGAAUAAGUUUGUUAAAUCUUUUGUCAAGGUUGCUUUAGGUGGAAGAAUCAAUGAUGGAAAUAUUGCUGAUCUUGAGGGCAAGACAGAUAUGAAGAUUCGAGCGUUGGAAGUGGUGGAAGAACUCAGAACGAAGCGAGCAGAUAAACAGUCGAUGCUUCUUCUGGAUGCCUUCAACAAAGAUCGUGCUUCUUUACCUCAGCCCCUUCCAAACCCUCCACCCUUGGCUCCCUUGCCUGUAGUUGCUCCUGAUCCGCAGACACAGGAAAUGAUAAAUGAGAAGCUGAGGAAGGCAGAAGACCUCGUUGCUUCAAGUUAG